AUGGAUGGCAGUUGGGUCGCACUGCGAUUAAUGGUGGUGGCGGCAUUACUGAUGAGCGCUAAUAUGACGAAAGGUGCAAGUGGUAUUAGUGUAUGUAAUAUGAGUGAGGAUGGGUUGAUGGCUUGCAAGCCAUCGGUGACUCAGCCAAACCCAACUGAUCCAACAACAGAAUGCUGCAACGCUGUUAGUAAUGCAGAUUUGCAAUGCCUUUGCUCUUACAAGAACUCAGUAGAGCUGCCCUUUCUUGGAAUUGAUCCAGAUCUUGCUAUUUCACUUCCCGCCAAGUGCAAUCUCCAAACUCCUGUUGGUUGCUAA